AUGGAAGACCCGAUGGGAGAAGCCACGUGCAGAUCUGUGGAGCGCAUUUUCGAUGGCGUCUCGUUUAACAAAAGUGACAGGACAAGGCUCCAAUUCGAGGACAAGAAGCUAAACCACUUCUUCGAAAAUGGGAUACUGAACUACAGCCUGGUGGAGGUGGUGGGCGUGUCGGGCAGCGGGAAAACGCAGUUCGCUCUGACCCUCUGCGCAGAGUUCCUUUUAAAAAUUAUUAAAGAAAAAAGACAGGCCAUAGUUUUUUAUGUGUACUUUAAUCGAAUGUUCCCCGUGAGCAGGCUGGAAGAAAUAAUUAAGAACAAGAUGGACUUGGGGGGGAGACGUGUCCACAGGGGUGCAGACAAUGUUCGUAGUUGUAACGGGGUGCACGCAACGGGGAAUGAUAAGAGGAUGGAGGAAGUGGAGGGGUCUGGAGAAGUUGGCCACCAUGAGGAGGUGAACUAUGACGAGAUGCGCCAGCCAGACGCGGACCACACGCACGACUGUCCCGUUCGAAGUGCCCUGCAAAAUUUGUACAUACAAAAAAUAAACGAAGACAAGGAAUUCUUCCAGUUAAUAAAAAAAGACAUACACUAUAUUUUGAAGCAUCACCACAUUUCCCUCCUUGUGGUGGAUUCACUGAAUUCUCUUUUUAACGGAAAUGAUCAACUAGACAUAUACAAAAAAUACCAAUUCUUUAAAACAGUGUCUCAGUCUCUAAAGCAACUGGCCUACGAGAAUAAUUUUUUUUUAUUAGUACUUAACAGUUGGCAUCCACGCAAGGACUACAUAAAUAUUUCAUUCAAUUUUGUUGAUUAUGUUAUUAAUUCUUCCUUUGCCAACACGAUUAUAUUUUUUAAGAAGAAGAAGAGAAAGAAUAAAAUUGACCGCAAGAUGAUUAUAAAAUGUUCGGAGUUUCUACGCAAGUACAAAUCGAUGCGGUUUGAAAUUAACGACGCGGGGGUUAGCGUGCCGUGA